GCAUUCUCUGGUGAAAAAAAAAAUGUCCAACGCCGUGUCGCGAAUUCCGUCGAGCACCCUGACCUCCCUCCUCCCGCGCGCCCUGAAUCCGCACGCCGCCGUCGUCGACCUCAUCACGACCCACCUCACGGCCGACGCGGAGCCCACAAAGGCCCUCGACCUCUCCGGCCUGCUCCCCUACCUCGGCCAGGACGAGCUCACCGCCGUCGUGCUCCACGCCGGCCACUCUCACCCGCUCCCCACCCUCCGCUUCCUCAUCGCCGUGCCGCCGCCGCUCCAGCCGUCGCCUCCCCACCUCGCCUUCCUCGCGCACUCCCUCGCCACCGCCCGCUCCUUCUCCCACGCGCUCGACGCGCUCUCCCACCUCCUCCGCCUCCACCCAACCCACGACGCCCUCCCCACUCUCCUCCUCUCCUACCAGACCGCGCCCCACCCCUCCCUCCCCGGCCUCCUCGUCAAGGCGCUCCUCCGCCGCGCCCGCCUUCGCCACGCAUUCCACGCCGCCCUGCGCGCGGCCGCCUCCGGCUUCCCUCCCGACACCGUCGCCUUCAACGCUCUCCUCGCCGCGCUCUCCCGCGCGGACCGUUUCGAUGAUCUCUGGGCCGCACGGGCCGCCAUGGCGCGCGCUGGGGUGCGCCCCAACGCGCACACGUUCAACAUCCUCGUCGCCGCGCUCUGCCGAGGUGAAGACGCCGAGCGCGCGCAGGGCUUCUUAGAGGAGCUGGAGGAGCAAGGUUUCGAGCCAGACGUGGUGACUUACAACACCCUUCUUGUUGGCUAUUGCCGCAGGGGGAGGCUGCAGGACGCUCUGCACCUGUUCGACGUUAUGCCGCCCAGGGGUGUUGAACCAGACUUGGUGUCACAUACUGUCCUGAUGGACGGGCUGUGCAAAGCCGGGAGAUUGGGCGACGCUAGACGCUUGUUUGACAGGAUGGUGCACAGUGGGGUGAGCCCCGAUGCUGUCGCUUAUAGUGUUCUUAUCGCAGGGUACUGUAAUGAGUGGAGAGUGAAAGAGGCAAGGCUGCUGCUAAUGGAGAUGGUGGGGAAUGGGCUCUCGUCUCAAGGAUUCACUCUCAAGAGUGUGAUUGAGAGUCAUGUCAAAAUUGGGAAACUGCUCACUUGCUUGAAUAUGGUGUCGCCUUUAAGGAAAUAUGGUGUCACCAUCCCUUUGGAGAGUUACAAUUGCUUGAUUCGUGCAUUAUGUGAGGAUAUGCGCCCUCAUGCUGCCAGGGGUUUGUUCCAGUGGAUGAUAGAGGAUGGGCAGGGUCCUACCUUGGAGAUGUAUAAUAUGGUAGUAGAUUGCUUCUGCCGGUGCGGCAGUGUGGACGAGGCUUUAGAUAUAAAGGUUGAGAUGAGCUCUGGAGGAGUGAAACCAGAUUUUGAUACUUACCAUAUGCUUGUAACCUGCCUUUGCAGGUUGGGGAGGAGUUUCAAUGGCAAAUCGGUUAUGGAAGAGAUGAUUGAGUCAGGUCUCCAGCCGAAUGAGGCUAUUUGUGCUGCUUUGGUUCGUGGGUUUUGCAAGGAAGGUUCUCUUGAUAAAGCAGAAUUGAUCCUGAAAGCUUUUGUUCUUGAUUUGCAGGUCCGCUGCAAUAAGAGCUAUAACACUCUGAUGAGAGCUUACUGUAUGACCAGGAGCACCACAGAGUCAUUGGAAUUGCAGAACAGGAUGUUGGAACUGGGUUUUGUCCCAAACAGUGAGACGUGUCGAUCUAUCGUUUAUGGGCUCUCAAGAAGCAUUGCUUAAGUUGCUAAACUGUUUUAAUCAUCCCAACAAUACGAAUAUUCCCAAAUUCUCAAUGGGUGGUCUACAUAAUUGCUUAGGUGAUUACAGCAGUGAUGAUGGCAUGAGGCUAUCCCCAUGCAUGAUGAACGAGAACAUUUGCGGAAGAGCUGAAGAAAUUGGAUUAUGCCGCAGAAAGCUGUUUAAUAUGGUAUUGUAUUUAAGUGAUGUGCGCACGAUGUUAAUGUAAUGCUCUUCUCAUAAAGAUUAGGUUUCUCAAUCCAGGGAAAUUCUAGUCUGCGUGAUGCAACUUGUCAGUUGUGACCACUGGCCAGAAAUACUCAUGGAUCAAGUUUCUGCUGAUGGCUUAGUGGGUGAUAACAAUCCCAGGCCGAGUCCCAUGACAUGCUGAAUGAUAGCCAUGUACAUUCCUCACCAUACUGGGUUCCUUGGGUUUUGGCGAACAGAUGCAAGACACUAGUUCACGAGUACUAAUGCUGACUUACACCAAAAUGAUUACAGUAUGUUGGCUACAGGAGGGAGGUUCUGGUGGAAUGAGGCCUAUGAGUUUACUUGGCUGUAAUGGUAGCCUUCUGCCACGGUGGUGCACGCUUUGCAAACUGCUCUUGAUUCUGACCACAUGGCACCAUGGAGCAUAGCUGACAAAUUACUGUAAAACCCCUGCUGUAUGGAAUUAGACAGCUAAUAUUGCUUGAAUCUUAGCCCUAGAUUAAGUAAGCAGCAGACAUGAUUUUAAUGCCAAAAUAGUGAGUGUUGCAUCCAAUUGCUACAAUUGUACUUUACACAGUGCACUUUUUGGUAAACCUCAUGCUUCAGUUUUUUGUCCAAGAGUUAACAUGCAUGGUGGAUAAUAGCAUUUGUAAAAGGGUAGAAUGCAGUAUGGUUGGCAUUGAGAUGGUGUGAGCACUGAGCAUGGAUUUUGAUGUAAUAUUCCUCAUGUGGAUUUGCUGCCGGAAUCCGGGUGAACUUUAAUAUUCACUAGAAGGGAUUCGCAUG